UGUGAUAUGUGCACAGGAUUUUCUCUUAAGUUAAUUAUAUCAGCCUAUAUAAAAGCUUGUGAUAUUCUAUAGCCUACACUACUGGCACUACCAACUUGUUGUUUUACGUAAAGUUUCAGGAUAUCAGUGUGAAACUAUGCCUGGAAGAGGACGAGGACGAGGGAGAGGAGGGAGAGGGUCUGGCCGUGGUCGCAGCAACUCAAGGGGAAGAGGAAGAGGCAGAGGUGGGUCUAGAUCUUGGAGAGGUGGAAGAGAAGGAGGUGCGAAUUCAGGAGGAAAUAGCAGAGAAACUGCCCCCACGCAACAGGUCUACGACAUAAACACUGACCCGCAGGCUUUAUUCACAGGAACAGCAACGACAGCGCAACACCUCGAAGCACAGCAAACGAACAGGACGCGUUAUGCAGCUGUGCUUGCUGUUCUCAUCAAGAGCAAAGUGCAAAUUACGCAAAAUGCCCGUAUUCGAGCACUGGCAAUGGCAUGGGCUAGGGGCGACACAGAACUCGCCAAGACACUUCUACAGCUGCGGUCACAGUUUGGCCUUGUUGAGGUUCUCAGAGCUAUCUCAAUGCUUGAUGCUGGUAGACAGAUGAGGGUGCUGGAAAAACGAAUGAAAUGUCUUCAGUUGUCUGGAAAUAAAGUCAGUCCUCAAAAGAUUGGGAAACUGAAGUCUGAUAUUGACAAUUUAAGAAGGAUAAAACCACCGAUUGGCACUGCAAGUGGCUCUGUCUGCAAGCAGGUUGCUGCCUGGGUGAGAGGAUUUACCUCCGAGGAGCUAGAGUUUUGUGCCAUUCACUUCCCGAAAGAUCCAUGGAAGAAGCUUGCUGAUAUUUGUCAUCUAAAUCCUACUAAGGAUUUCCCGUCUGCUUCUUGGUUUCUUCCCCACUGUUUCGGCACAGCAUCUCCUCCAGAUGGUUCUUCUCCGGCCCUGUGCCAGAACGUGACCUCAGAAAAUGUUAACAGUCUGGUCGGGGAAUGUGAGAUUCCUUACAGUGUUGUGAAACAGUACAAACAACAUCUGACUCCGGAGUCAAAAGAGAGGAUUGCUGAGAUGGAGAAGCUUGACACUGUUUUAUGGUAUUAUGAAGAUUUGUGCUGCCCUCAAGUAGAUGCAGUGUUACUGAAGAGACUGCGGGCAAAGGAUCCUGUCAACUUGCCCAAUGGGAAACUGUUAGAGCGACUCAUGACCAUUCUCCUGCUGAGACGGCCAGAGCUCAACCAAACUUACGGAAAUAGUCAAUACCAGGGAGAGCCGGAGGGAGAAGAUAAUUUCUUCAGUUUGUUGAUAGAAUUAGCAGAACCUCGACUAACAUCCAUCAGGCUGUCCUUAGAGUCUCCGGUCGUAGUGAUUGGAGAUGCCUCUUCCUCGAUGUGCGUUGCCAUUCGCACCAGCACAAUCAUUGCCAGCCUCCUCACAUCUAUCUGCUCGGCAGAGCUCGUCUUUUUCAAUUCAGAGAACAUAGAGGCACCGUUUGUCCCCAAGACUGUUGGAGAGAUGCUCCGGCUUGCUGUGACCAUGAAAGCUUGUGGGUCAACAUCCCCAGCUGCCUCUCUUUACCCAUACUACGAGGCCAAAAAGAAAGUGAACACGUUUAUCAUGGUCACUGACGAGGAGGAGAACACAAAUUCUCAUGGCUUUUUAUUUACGCAACUGUACAAGAAGUAUUGCGAGGAAGUGCACCCAGCGUAUCUUGUGUUUGUCUCGUUUCUACGGAGCCAGCACGCUCAAGGUCAGAUGAUAAAAAGUUUGGAGGCUGAAGGCUUCUCCCCCAAACAGCUCAGACUAGAGGGGUCACGACCUGACCUGACCAGGCUGGAUGACCUUUUCGCCCAAAUGUCAGCUGUGACAACGGCUUCUUUCCUGGAGGAGGUGGAGGGUGCGGAGAGCCAGGUGAAAACCGAUGGACUCAAGACUCUUUACGAUGGUAUUACAAAUGCUGGCAUGUUUUCCCAAGAUGAAGAGUGAAUCAGAGAAAAUGCUGGCUUGUUUUUGGCCAGAUGAAGAGGAAAUCACAGCUUUUGAUUGAUGGUUCAAAUUACUUGUACCGUGUUUCUUGAUCACAACAAUGGUGCACCCAUAGGAUUUUAUGACGGAGUUUGAGUUUGAAGUGCCCCUCACGCCGUACAAAGAGAGUGAUGGACAGCGUUUACUGCACACCCUACAGUCCACUGAUGCAUAGAUCUAGGUCUCGGUCUAGGGCUGGUCGGUUAAAAGUUGGAAUGUUGGGGGGACUUAAAUGUUUCUUUAUUGGUCCCUAGAAAUGUAUCUUUGAGAGAAGCUUUCUGACUGGUGUUCGAGUUUGAGUGACUGCGUGUAAUGUUUAGUUAGA